UCAGACGUUGGAGAAGGAAAGGCAAAGGAGGUCUAAAGCCACCAAAAGUUCUGCUUGGACGAGCGGAAAGUAAUUCAACAGGCAACGUCAACGCGUAUUCAAACCAAAGGAAAAAUAUGCUGUACGUGCUGAUUCUAGCGUUUCUCAUCACAUGCGUCUCGUGUGGCGAGAAAAAUGCUUUGGGCUUGAGUGCCAGAACCAAAGAGGACAGCGAACCACUAGAUCACUCUCGCCGUGUUGUGCACGUUGUUGGUGUUGGUGCUGUAGUUGGUGCCAUUUCAGUCAUUAGCGGCGGCAGAACAAUGGGUUGGUGGAAAAGGGGAAGCACUGAUGAGGAGCCGCUGCGUUUCAAAGUGAAACUUCUCGUGAAUCCGUGCACUUUCAUGAUCUACGAUGCAAACAAAGAUGGCAUGAUAACAAGGGAUGAGCUCGAAGCGAUUUUUGGUGACGAAGACACAACAGGAGAAUUGGCUCAGGCGCUUGACAAAAACGCUGACCGUCAGGUGGACGAGCAGGAAUUCAAGGAGGACAUGCAUAAAUUUGUUGAAGGGUGUUAAACUGGCGUUAAAAAAUGAGUCCAUAAUUGUGUGAAAAUUGCUUGUAUACGAUAAGCUCAUACAUACUUUUUAAUUAUUACCAAAUGUCUGCUUAUUUCGAAACUAUACAAAGUCAAACUGUCAUGGUUACGUAGGAGAUGCAGAUUGUUGACGUAUUCUAUGACUUAUAUAUUUUAUGUAUUCUGAUGCCCAUGCUUUCAUAAUCAGUGUACACGUUUCUAUAUAUGUAAUCAAAUAAAUAAAUACAGUAAUACUGAUUUCAUGAGACAUUUUGACAGUAGUUGCUAGCAGUAGGCUGUGGUUCAAGAGUAUAUCCGUAAUUCUUUUCAAAUUAUACUUUGUACAAAAGCUUAAAUGCUUUUCAAAUGAAUGAUGUAAAGCCUCACAUUAGCCACUAAAUCAUUUGUGAUGUUCAAAAGAUAAACACUCUCUCGUUAUUUACAAAAACAAUUAUAACUUUAAUCGGUGUUUUGUAAUCGUAUUUACCAAUCUUCACGCACAUAAAUUAGUUUUAAGAUUCUCAUCUCGGGUUUGACAACAAACGGGUAGCGGAUAAAUUGAUACAUAUUGAUGUUUGAUACCAUCUUAACAAUUGAUGAUUGUCGAGACCAUAGUGCGUUAUUUAUACUGAUUUAUAAUAAUUUUAAACAUGAACGUUUAUGUGUGCUACUUUGUAAUUAUAUCUUUGCCUUGAUUGAAUAAAUAUUUAGCUUAA